AUGAAGCUUUUCAUCCUCACCUGCCUUGUGGCUGUUGCCCUUGCCAGGUCUAAACUUCCUCUUAGACAUCCAGAACUGAGUAAGAAUGAACUAGAUAACAGCAAUGAGGUUCUCAAAGAAAGACAGUUUUUCAGGAAGGAAUUAAGUGAAGACCAUGUCAUUCCAGAUGCUGAGAAGGAAGUUAGCAGCGGUUCAUCGAGUGUGGAAGUUGCUCCCAACAACACUGAGAAGCGUAUUUUACAGGAAGAGCUCUACAAACUCAAUCUUCAGAUUCUUAGACUGAUCAAUCUUAGAAGAUUGAUAUCUAUCCCUGUGCUGCUUGGUAUUAUCCUUAGCAAAUCAUGUCAUUCAUGGCUCUUUCCAAUGCAUGAAAUUUCUAAACCCAUCGCCUUUGAAGACAUUGAAAACACUGACAAUAUGUUGCCAGACUGGUGA